CUUCCUGUUUCGCCUACCACUCUUCAUCAUUGCCUUCUCCGCCUACUUCCUGGUCCUGCAAUGGGUUCACCCCGGCCCUGUCGGCAAUAAACUGUGCCUAUGGACGCUUAUGGCCAUUCUAGGUGUCUGGUGGACCGACCUGCAGAUCGACAGGGUAAUGCCCGGGUCGCUGGUGCAACAGCCGCUCUGGCGCCUGCCGCGCCCCGGCUCCAUCAUAGUCGUGUCUACCGCUUAUCCUAUCGAUGCUAUCUUUCUUGCCGCAGUCUUUGACCCAAUCUUCACGAUCCUACACCCGAGGUCGCGGCUUGUGCGGGAGCUGUCCCUACUUCAGGCGAUCUUCCGCGUAAGAACGAACGAGACCUUACCGUCAAACCACGCCAAUCUCACCGACCUGAAAACCUACAGCGCGACGAAUGGUAGCGGUACAGUACCUAGCACGCUAAAUCUCAGCGAUACGGUCAGAAUUUUCCGCAUUAACAUACAAUACUUGCCAGCGGAUGUAUCGACGCCAGUGUCUAGCACGUAUCUUGCGUUGCUGUGGACUCUGCUCUCUAGGCCUAUGCACCGCAUUCGCCUGCGCAUUGCGGAUGGUGUGACUAAUGAUGGUACUUCAGGGGUGUCUGACAAACCGAAGCGUCCCAGGAAUAUCCCGCAGGGCCUCACACAUAUUCCCCACAGUCUUCAUG